UGAGGCGGCGGGGUGGAGUGGGGAGCAUCAGGAAGAGAUCUGCUCUCCUGCUCCCCAAGCAGCACCUUCUUUCUCCCCGCAAACGACCUCCGAAAUAUUGCAGAUUAAUUCUUUGCUUUCUGCCGCUCGGUUGCUUCCUCCUUUCCAGGGAGAGGAACAAAAGAGACCUCUCAGCGGAGCACCAUAGAGAGAGAAAAAGGCAAGAGGCACACAGUAGGGUUCCCAUUUGGCGGCCACCGUGUGCGGAGCAGCACCGGGAUCGUUUACUUAGAAGAAGACGCUCUGACCCCAAGAAGAAGUAAAUGGUGAUGGCGGGGAGGGGGACACACAGCAGGGCCGGGGAAGUUGUAGAGCAGUUGGCCCCUCCUUAGAAGGCCGAGUCUCGGCAUGAAGUGGUGACGUGUGUACUCCACCCCCUCUCCCCAACCUUCGCCCUUCCCACCCCGGGGCACUGCAAAGCCUGUAAAGAGCGAAGAGUUUCCCCAUUGGGUCUUCAGCCAGCGCGGAGUUGCUGCACGAAGCUGCCUAAAGAAAGAUCCGGAGCUUCUACGCCUCUUUGGGAGGGAGAGUGGCUUUUGCCGGACCACCCCCGCAACCUCAUGACCCAGGGGUCUGGCUCUGAGCAGUUUUCUCUCUUCAUCCCAGCAAGUGAAGGAUGGGAGAGUGAUAAUGAGGGAAAGCCCCAUGGAGGAUUGUUGGGAAGUGCCAGACGUACAAAGGAGAAACAGAGGAUGAAAACUGAAAGGAAACAGAAGAGGAGGAAUGGACCUUCUGCGUCUCAGCAUGGUGACUGCCAUGAAAUCACAAUCCAGGAAAAAAUGGAGGAAGAAACAGAAAGAAAUCUGGGUCCUAUUUACCGGAAAUGCUUCACUAUCAAAUCUAGCCUUCCACCUCAGUUGGAAAGGUACACUGGGGAGAAAUCCUAUAAAUCCCUGGAGAGUGAAAAGAGUUCCAGUGCAAGUUCUCAUCCCACUUCACAUGAAAGUAUCCACACAGGGGCCAAAUCAUAUAAAUGCUUGGAAUGUGGAAAGAGCUUCAGAGGGAAAUCAAGUCUUACUGCACAUCAAAAGAUCCACACUGGGGAGAAACCAUAUAAAUGCUUUGUGUGUGGGAAGAGCUACAGGCAGAGUGUAAGACUUACUAUACAUCAAAGAAUCCACACUGGGGAGAAGCCAUAUAAAUGUUUUGAGUGUGGAAAAAGCUAUCUUCGAGCAGACUCCCUUACUUUACACCAAAGUAUCCACAUAGGAGAGAAACCAUAUAAAUGCUUGGAGUGUGGAAAGAGCUUCAGAGGGAAAUCAAGUCUUACUGCACAUCAAAAGAUCCACACUGGGGAGAAACCAUAUAAAUGCUUUGAGUGUGGGAAGAGCUACAGGCAGAGUGCAAAACUUACUAUACAUCAAAGAAUCCACACUGGGGAGAAGCCAUAUAAAUGUUUUGAGUGUGGAAAAAGCUUCACUAGAGAAGACUCCCUUACUUCACAUCAAAGUAUCCACACAGGAGAGAAACCAUAUAAAUGCUUGGAGUGUGGAAAAAACUUCCGCCGAGCAAACUUGCUUUCUUCUCAUCAAAGGAUACACACAAGGGAGGAACCACAUAAAUGCUUGGAGUGUGGAAAAAGCUUCCGCCGAGCAGACUCGUUUUCUUCACAUCAAAGGAUACACACAGGGGAGGAACCAUAUAAAUGCUUUGAGUGUGGUAAAACCUUCAAAGAUACUAGUAGUAUUUCUAAACACCAAAUAAACCACACUAGAGAGAAACAGUGCUUGGAAUGUGGAAAGAGCUUCUCUCGGCAUGCCUCUCUCAUUAAACAUCAAAGGAUUCACACUGGAGAGAAACCAUUUAAAUGCUUCAAAUGUGGAAAGAGCUUCAGUCGAGUUGAUAGCCUUUCUUUACAUCAAAGGAGUCACACUGGGGAGAAACCCUAUAAAUGCUUGGAAUGUGGAAAGAGUUUCGUUCAAAGCUCCCUCCUCACUUCUCAUCAAAAGAGUCACACAGGGGAAAAACCCUAUAAAUGCUUUGAAUGUGGGAAGAGUUUCAGGGGAGGACCAGCCCUCACUUCUCAUCAAAGGAUUCACACAGGGGAGAAACCCUAUAAAUGCUUUGAAUGUGGGAAGAGUUUCAGGGGAGGACCAGCCCUCACUUCUCAUCAAAGGAUUCACACAGGGGAGAAACCCUAUAAAUGCUUGGAGUGUGGAAGGAGCUUCAGGGAUAAGGGAAGUCUUACUAAACAUCAAAGAACGCACACAGGAGAGAAGCCUUAUAAAUGUUUGGAGUGUGGAAAGUGCUUCCGUCGGAGCUCACACCUCACUUCGCAUCACAAGAUUCACACUAGAGAAAAACCAUGUAACAGCUUAUAGUGUGAAAAGAGCUUCUUUCACAGGAAGUCAUUUAUCAAAUAGUCUACUCUAUGACUGAUGUAAAUGAAUCCCAGGAAAAGAGCCACAUUAUUCUGCUCUGACAAAAACAGCAGAGAGAGAGAGAGAGUUUCUCAAAAGUACAUUACAAGCCUCACUUCAUAGAAGAGUUCUCAGUUAUGUGGGGAGCAGCCAUAUCUAUCCUUGGCAUGUGGAAAGAGCUUUGGUGAGAGGCACUCCCUUACUCCUCACCAGAUAAUCCUUUCCAGUGAUGAAGAUUGUAAUGGAAUUCACUUUAGAAAAGAGCUAUUUUUAAUCUGCUUGCAGCUUAAAAGUUUUAUUUUUAAAAAAUGUAUACACCUUUUGAUUUUGG